AAAGAGAAAACGAAACCUAGAAUUAUGUUAAAGAAAGAACGAUGCUGCUAAACGAAGUUUCAUGAAAAAAAUCUCCAGGAAAUUUCACAACAUUAAGCUAUCCAGAGGGUUUUUUGUGGCCCCUGCCACAUUGUGAACGUGUGACAGUUGAUGUCUUUGACGUGACAGACUGCUUUCAGUACUAGCUGUCAACUUGGACAGAAGGCUUAAGUUGCUAUCACUGGGUGAACGCCAUCUCCUCAAAUAUGAUCUCAGUAUGGUUGUUAGUCUCGUCUGUCUUGCAUGCAUCUCUGGUCGGGUCUCAGCCCAGCCAAAAUUCAUGGCAGAUAUCAAGCCCUCCCAAUCCCAUGCAAGAACAGUCUCCCCAGGCUCCUGGGAAUCUGUCCUUCCCCUGGAGCCGUCUCCGCCUACCAAGGCACAUCACUCCCCUCCACUACCACCUCCUUCUGCAUCCCAAUCUCACAACCCUCACAUUUACUGGCUCAGUGCAGAUCCAGAUUCAUGUCCACAACAACACCAACUGGGUUGUACUGCACUCUAAGGGCCUGCAGAUCUCCAAGGCAACUGUUUUGGACCAGAACCUAGCUCAUCUAUCUGACCAGGUUCUUCCAGUUGUUUACAACCUUGCCCAUGAGCAGGCUGCCAUUUUCUCUCCCAGGGUGCUCAGUGGUGGGCAAACGUAUUUCUUGUGUAUUGAGUUUGGGGCAGAGCUUUCUGAAGGAUUUUAUGGCUUCUAUAGGAGCAGCCACAAAACCAAUACUGGAGAAACCAGGACGUUAGCUUCAACACACUUUGAGCCCACUAGUGCUCGGAUGGCAUUUCCCUGCUUUGACGAGCCCAGUUUCAAAGCCAACUACUCCAUAAGGAUCAGGAGGAGCUCAAAGCACAUUGCGUUGUCCAACAUGCCGAUAGAGGAGACAGUAGCACUUGAUAAGAACCUGCUUGAGGACAGCUUUGCCGUGAGCGUAAAGAUGAGCACAUACCUGGUUGCCUUCGUAAUCUGUGACUUUAAAUCUGUCACUGCAACAACAUCCUCUGGAGUGCAGGUGUCCAUCUAUGCUGCUGCUGAGAAAUGGCAUCAGACCCAUUAUGCUCUUGAGGUUGCUGUCAAGAUCCUGGACUUCUAUGAGAAGUAUUUCAACAUCUUCUACCCUUUACCCAAGCAAGAUCUUAUAGCCAUUCCAGACUUCCAAUCCGGUGCAAUGGAGAACUGGGGCCUGACUACAUACAGAGAAACCAGCCUUCUCUAUGACCCUCACACCUCCUCUGCUUCUGAUAAACUCUGGGUUACAAUGGUUAUUGGCCACGAGCUUGCCCACCAGUGGUUUGGUAACUUGGUGACGAUGGAGUGGUGGAAUGAUAUCUGGCUAAAUGAAGGAUUUGCCAGAUACAUGGAGUACAUUUCAGUGGAGGCUACUUACCCUGAACUUGAAGUGGGGGAUUAUCUACUGGACACCUGCUUUGCAGCAGUUGGUCGAGAUUCUCUGGAUUCCUCCCGACCCAUAUCCAGCCUCGCAGAGAGUCCCACUCAGAUCAAAGAGAUGUUUGACACAGUCUCCUAUGACAAGGGUGCCUGUGUCCUACACAUGCUGAGAAUCUUUUUGACAGAUGAGGUGUUCCAGAGUGGGAUAGUACGAUACCUCCGCAAGUACAGCUACAGCAAUGCACGCAACCAGGACCUGUGGGACAGUCUAGCUAAUACAUGCUCAGAGGAAGACUUCACUUCUGGAAGACACUGUUAUAGCAGCAGCCAGGCACCCAAGAAUGCAUACCUGUUUGCAGGAGAGCACAUGGACCUGACAGCCAUGAUGAACACCUGGACAUUGCAGAAAGGUAUUCCCGUGGUGACGGUAAUUAGGAAGGGAUCUCAUCUACUAUUAACACAGGAGAGGUUCUUGAAGACUGUCCUCCCCUCUGACCCCCACUGGUCUACAAUGCAGCAGGGGUACCUUUGGCACAUCCCCCUAACGUACAAGACAAGCACUUCCAGCACCAUCCACCGACACCUGAUGACAACACACACAGACAGUGUGCAUGUUGGAGAGGAAGUGGGCUGGGUGAAGGUGAACAUUGACAUGGCUGGAUAUUAUCUGGUUCACUAUAAGGGCAAUGGCUGGACUGAGCUGACCAAGCUUCUGAGGGAAAACCACACCACCUUGAGCUACAGAGAUAGGACUCAUCUGAUACACAACACCUUUCAGUUAGUCACAGCAGGUUAUCUGUCCAUCGAUAAAGCCUUAGACCUGAUGGGUUACUUGCAUUUGGAGACACACAUAGUGCCACUUCUCCAAGGACUGGGCUUCCUGGAGGCUUUUUACAGCAUGUUGGAGAAGCGAGAUGAAUCUGACCUUACAUACAAACUCAGGGUGUACAUUCUUGGUUUUUUCCGUAAUAUCAUCGACCAGCAGAUAUGGAGUGACAUCGGCUCUGUGUCCGAGCGACGGCUAAGGUCAGAGGUCCUCUCUCUGGCUUGCCACCUGAAUGACCCUCCUUGUCUGGAGCAGGCAAAUCAGAGCUUCAGAGACUGGCUCCAGUCCAAUGGAACACUUAACCUGCCCACAGAUGUGGCAGAGACAGUGUAUUCAGUUGGAGCUCAGGAUGAGCAUGGGUGGGCCUCUCUUUUCCACACAUAUACCAUAUCCCUCUCUGAGGCACACAAGUACAAGAUCCUGUCAGCCUUGGCUAGCAGCAAAGACACCAACAAACUACACAAAUUGCUGGACCUGGGUCUUGAAGGGGAGGUGAUCCGUUCCCAGGACCUGUCCUCUCUCAUCCUCAUGGUAGCGAGGAAUCCACAAGGACAUCAUCUAGCCUGGAACUACGUCAAGAAGAACUGGGACACGCUUGUUCACAAGUUUCAGUUAGGCUCAUUUUGUAUUAGAAACAUAAUCAUUGGCACCACAGGCCAAUUCUCUUGUCCAGAGGAACUCAGUGAGGUGCAGUUAUUUUUUGAGUCCAUUGAAGAACAAGCAUCUCAGCUGACAGCUACUCGGGUUGCCAUAGACAAUUUGCAGAAGAAUGUUCUAUGGGUACAAAGAAAUCUAGAAACUUUGAGAAACUGGUUGAAUGAACAAAUGAACUCCACGAUCUGAGAGAUGGUUUAUCCAUGCCUUGCAGCUAAUGUCAUCAGAGCAUCCAAAAGGCAUUCUGGGUCCCAGUUCGUGGUUCCUGUUCUUUUGAAGACUAUGAAAGGCUGCUCAAAACGUAUUUUUCUUAAAAAAAAAGAUUUUAAAAGAUCCAACUUUCAAUAACCGUGUUUGCUCCUUUUGGUUUGCACCUUGGUCGACGCACUUAAGCAACAGAGUCCACGAUUUCCUUUUGUCGUAUUAAUUUCUGUACUCAAUUAGACACCAUUGUAAUAAAAAUGUC